AAGAAGAUCGCAUGGCCUAGUGGACUCCACUGCACUUGGCAUUGUGGCAAGAUGGGCUUACACUGGCCUGUUUUGGCUCCCACGCGCACGCUCUACACACCAGCGCGGUCUGCGGCUAGCCCAUCCCAUAGCGCGAGCUUGGUUGCAAUACUCCAAGCGAAUGUUACAGUUGACGCGAGGACGUUCCGAUCGGCGUCUUGCACGUUGGGCAGGCUUGCUCGCUUGCUCUGGUUGCCGUCGCCGCUGCAUGUUUCUGCAUCGACGGGGCGCUUUGACGAUGAGUGGUCUUGCGAAGCGAAGGGGUUGGAAUGGCUGCGAAGGUCGUGGAGAUGCUUCAUUGAUGACGAUGGAAGUAUAGUCCGUUGGACUCUG